UUACCUCGCUACAGACCAAGAGGCGCACCCUCGAGAUAAAAGUAAACAAAGCAACCCAAGCCAGCGGCCGGAGAGCGUUUUAUAUUGAUUAACUACCCCUGAAAAACCAAAGACAGCACGCCGACGACAGCAAUCAGGUGAUCAGACAAGACUGACUUUAAAAACAGAGGCAGAGACAGAGAGGAAAGCGACCUCCUACCCAGCCGAACUAAUAAAAAUGAAUUCAGAUUCCAGCUCGAGCAGAGCUUCUUCGCCAGACAUGGACGGGAUCUAUCUCAGAGACCACCACCUGCAAGACGGGCGACUCAAUUCCGUGUCUUCCACUCAGAACGAAAUUCUACAGAAGAUGACGAGCGAACACCUUUCCAGGAACGGGGAUAAAACACCUACAGGGAGCAAGUACAAACUCAAGAAGCAGGUGACCGAGCAAGAGGUACAGCAGCUCAGACUGAAAAUCAACGGCCGAGAACGUAAGAGGAUGCAUGACUUGAAUCUGGCAAUGGACGGACUCAGAGAGGUGAUGCCUUACGCUCACGGGCCGUCCGUGAGGAAGUUGUCCAAAAUUGCCACGCUUCUGCUCGCCAGAAAUUACAUUUUGAUGCUCACGAGCUCGUUGGACGAGAUGAAGAGGCUGGUUGGAGAAAUUUAUGGUGGGCACCACUCUGCGUUUCAUUGCAGUGCAGUUGGACACUCAGCCAGUCACGCGGUGCACACCGGUAACUCUCCCCACCAGGUGCACCCGCUACUCGGAAGCGCACUUCCUUCUUCCACUUCGGCCACUCUUUCCACGACUUUACCUGGACUAACCUCCAUCCGAGCCCCCCACUCCCUGCUGAAGACAGCGCCUACGCCCCCGCUUCCACUCGGGAGUGGUUUCCAGCACUGGGCAGGUUUACCGUGUCCUUGUACCAUCUGCCAGGUGCCCCCACCUCCUCACAUUCCUAUUACUUCAGCCGGACUCACGAGACUUUCGUCCGAAAACAAGGACGUAAUGAAGUAGGACUGAACAUUGAACGUCUUCAAAUAAAUAGACUAUGCCACAAAGUAGUGCGAUCAUUUCAUGUUCCUGGGGGAGAUUUUAAGAUGGACAAGAAGAAACAAAACUGUAUGCAUGCCUGCAAUUUAAUAUUUCAGUUCAUUCGUUUGCUCAUUAGUUUUACAUGUUAAACCUACUUUUUCUUCCUUGUAACAAGGAUCUGGUCAAAAACAAUUUUCAAGGUAACUGAUUCGCUGGUUAUUAGGUGUCUCCAGAGCUGCAUCACACGAUGUAAAUAAUUUUUAUCAUAUUAAAAGGGAUCAUACACACGUUCAAUUUGUUCUUGGACAUCAUCUACUAAUCUGGGCUAAUUUACUGAGAAAUUGUUGUUUUGAAGAUAAAUAAGAAAUAUUUAGUGUUGUGUCAAAAAAAGUGGGAGUGAGAUGCAUGCAGGUUUAAAUGGAUUUUCUUUCUUUUUUCUUUUUUUUGUUGUAAAAUUCAUCAUUUGCUGGAAUGACGGAUGCGCUGUGUUCCUUGUAACAAGGAUCGUUAAAAUAAGAAAACUGAAAUGGGUUGAUUUAUUUCUGUGGUCAUAUAUAAAUAUAAAUAAAUAAAUAUAUAUACAGUUCGAGAAAAUAGUGAAAUUAUAUUGUUUUUUCGACGUUUUAUUUCACUACUAAAAUAGUUUUAUUAUAGCUACGUGAAGUUAUUCUGUGUACAUUUUCAUUUUUGUAUAAUUUGAACAAUUUUAGCAUGGCUUCUGUGGUUAAAGUAGCUACAAAGCAUGUUUCGUUUGCUGGAAAGAUUUUGUUAUGCCCAGAGACAACCUUGUGUCUUUAUUUUUGUACAUUGUUGAUGAUUAUUGAUAUAUUUAUUAUUGCCCAGUGUUCCUGGAUGAAGUUUCAAUAAACUAUUAUAAAAAUG